AUGGGGAACAGCACCACUAUCACUGAGAUCAUUCUUCAGGGACUCACAGAUGCCUGUGAAUUACAAAUGCUGAUCUUUGUGGGGCUCCUCCUGACCUACCUUAUCACACUGCUAGGGAACCUCCUCAUCAUUGUCAUCACCCUGAUGGAUCAUCGCCUUCACACCCCCAUGUACUACUUCCUCAGAAAUUUUGCUGUACUGGAGAUCUGGUUCACUUCUGUCAUCUUUCCCAAGAUGCUAGAUAAUAUCCUAACAGGGAAUAAGACCAUCUCCUUACUGGGAUGCUUCCUGCAAAGUUUCCUCUACUUUUUCCUAGGAACCACAGAAUUCUUCCUCCUGGCUGUGAUGUCCUUUGAUCGGUAUGUGGCAAUCUGUAACCCCUUGCGUUAUGCCACCAUUAUGAGCAAAAGGGUCUGUGUGCAGCUGGUGCUGUCCUCAUGGAUGGGAGGUUUCCUUCUCAUCAUUGUCCCAAGCUGCAUCACAUUUCAGCAGCCUUUCUGUGGUCCCAAUGUCAUCAAUCACUUUUUUUGUGACAAUUUCCCAUUGCUAGAACUAGUGUGUGCAGACACAAGCCUGGUGGAACUGAUAGGCUUUAUGGGGGCUAACAUCAGUCUGCUGGGUACCUUAUCUGUCACUGCCUCUUGUUAUGGCCAUAUCCUCUAUACAAUCCUGCACAUCCCUUCAGCCAAGGAGAGGCAGAAAGCCUUUUCCACUUGUUCCUCCCACAUCAUUGUGGUAUCACUUUUUUAUGGCAGCUGUAUCUUUAUGUAUGUCAGGGCAGGUAAGGGCAGUGAAGGACAGAACCUGAACAAGAUGGUGGCUAUCCUCAACACUGUGGUGACUCCAAUGCUCAACCCUUUCAUCUAUACUCUGAGGAACAAACAGGUAAAACUGGUGAUUAGGGAAAAGGUGGGCAAGUGGAUCUCCCAGGCCUGA